AUGGUUUUAUGCAGACGAGGAGGACCAGCAGCACUUAAAAUGGCUACGAAGUCCUACAAUGGUUUGAUUUUCAAUUCAUUUACUCGACAUGGUCCUAAGUUGAGUACGAUGAUUAAUGCUAAUGUGCCGAAAACCAAAAGGUCAUCUUCCACGUCUCCUUGGCUGAUGCUGCCACCUGUUUUCCAAGGCAAUAACAAGAAUAAAAAGUUAGAUAUGUUUUACCAGUUCUAUAGCCUGGGCUUGGACAGAGUAUUAAGUGUCCCCAAGAGAUCAACACCAUCAUCAUGUGAUGAUGACUCGUGUGUGCCGGGCGACAAUUUGGACAUUGUGGGAUCAUCUCGGGGCUGGCUUGCUCUGUUUAAAGAGGAAAACUACUGUGAUCUCUUCCUCUCCAAUCCUCUCACCGGACGUCACAUAAAGCUUCCGUCCCUCGACCCAUUGUCCUACAAAGGCUUGAAUGUACACAACGUCAUCAUUUCAUCGGACGACCCGUUUGAACAAGACUGCCGAGUCUUGAUCACUUGCUCUCCAAAUGAUAGAUUGGCCUUCUGCUGCCCUGGCCACACCAACUCCGAGUGGACCCGAAUCGGCCACCCUUCCACCUCAUUUCAAUUUGACUCCUUAACGUAUUCGAGCAGGCAGAAGCUCUUCUUUUGCGCCAAAGGGCCGUCUAGUAGAACCGACCACAUCGAGACUUGGGACCUUCAUGACCCUCUUUCCCCCAAAAUGGUUCCCCUGCCUGUGACUGUGGACAAACACAAUUACCCGGUUGCAUCCCACUCGGAGUUAGAGUCGGAACUGAAGCAUCUAUGCGCAUAUGAUGCCGUGUUCCUCGUGCUUUCCGAGCAUACAGAUGAGCUUUUUCAAGUGCGGCAGUACGUGUGGCACCUGAUGGCUCAUUUUUCGAUAAUGUCUAUAACGAGGGGGGUUUUGAUGAAAGCGUGCCGCACAAGACUGUUGGGUUUGAUGUUCACAAGUAUGAACCAAAGACGAGAAAAAUGGAUUAUAUGGAUCGUAACUUGGGUGGGCUGGCACUAUUCGUAG